GUCUGGAUGCUAGCCUUGGAUCUGUGUGCAUACCUCUUAUGGACGAUAAGGCAGACAGUGAAUCCUCAAAAAGCAAAACUUUACUGCACUACAUAUUUUCCUUUCCCCCACUUCAAGUGCACAUAGCUUGCACAUGUUCCAAGAGCACGAUGCCUAUUCUAGAAGUCUUCAUGCUGGUACCCUCCUCUAGUAUGCUUCUGGGAAGCACUGACUUUUGUUCUGACGAUAUGGGGGAUGAUGAUGUGUUUGAGGACAAUGUCCUAAUCAAAGAAGAUCCACAUGAAUCAAGAGCUCCGCUGUGUUCAGUUGAGGACAGCGACCUUGAAUGUCCUUCCCCCUCCAAAAAGCUUCCCCCCGCUUCCCCUGUGUCGGCAUCUGGGGAUUUGUGCAGGAUAUGUCACUGUGAAGGUGAUGAUGAAAGCCCUCUGAUAACACCCUGUCACUGUACAGGAAGUCUUCACUUUGUGCACCAGGCUUGCCUCCAGCAAUGGAUCAAGAGCUCCGAUACACGAUGCUGUGAACUUUGCAAGUUUGAGUUCAUUAUGGAAACCAAAUUAAAGCCUUUAAGAAAAUGGGAAAAGCUGCAGAUGACCUCAAGUGAACGGAGGAAGAUCAUGUGCUCUGUAACAUUCCACAUCAUUGCAAUCACCUGUGUCGUCUGGUCAUUAUAUGUUCUUAUUGACCGAACAGCCGAAGAGAUCAAGCUGGGCCAAACCACAGGUAUCCUGGAAUGGCCGUUUUGGACUAAAUUAGUCGUGGUAGCAAUUGGCUUCACUGGAGGACUCUUGUUUAUGUAUGUGCAAUGUAAAGUAUACAUCCAGUUAUGGAAGAGACUUAAAGCGUACAACAGAGUCAUCUAUGUGCAGAACUGUCCCGAAACGUGUAAAAAGAAAAUCUUUGAGAAGACUGUAAUAAUUGAGCCAAAUCUGGAGAGCAAAGAAGCUCUUGCAAUCCACACUCAGACACAAACUCUUCUUACUAUACGGAGCCUGAAGACUGCGGAGCUGCCAUCCUCCCAGUUU